GCGCUGAACAACGAGGCAGGUCCCGCGCCUUCGGCGCGCUUUCUGUUUUUUUCCGCUGUGCUUUCAGCUCUUCAGCAAGACCCAUCGGGUAGAGUGCCCUGAUUGAAGGAGCACCAUUAUCGCUCCGUCGUCAUCGUCUUGAAGAUCAUGGCAACCGUAGCAGUAUCCGUCCAAGCCGUUUUAGCGGUUUUUGUCGUUUUCUGCGGCGUUGCUGGCGCCAUGAUGCCGGGCCAAUAUGGUUCCCAGCCCCCUUCCCCAUAUAUGCAAGGUCUGCUGGGUGGCGGCGCUACGCCGCUAGGAGGCGGAAUGGCGCCCAGCGCGGUACCGAGAGCGGCAACUAUGUCUGGUGCGGCGGUUGCUGGGCCGGACAUCGCUGCAAUGUUACUCCAGAUGCAACAAGACCUGGCCGGGGUCCGCGCGCGCCUAAAUAGUCAAGGUGCGACCUCGGGUCCGGAAUACGAUUUGCGCGCGCUGACGGAGGAUUUUGCGUCGCCUCAAGUGCAGCGCUCUCCAGCCGGGUCGCGGUUUCCGUUUCCCGACUAUGUUCUGCACAAUUUGCCGGGAACCAUGACGGUGGAUAAUCUGGUUUUGCAUAAUUUUCGGGCAAUACCUGAGUGGCAGGAGUUAGAGCACUCGCAGAGGGGUCAUCCUGAUCGUGCGGGCUCGUUAGUUUAUGAGUUUAGCAUUCUGAUUACUUUGCUUGGCGUCUUGGAGAUGGUGCGGUCCGGUUUGACUAUGAUUCGCCGCUUUUUCGGAUAUUCAAAUUUACCUCAAGAGUGGGUUGUCGCCCUGACCUGCGCCUCUGAUACCUUGCUGUAUGAUGUGGCUUGGAUGCAUAACCUUAUUUCGGCCCGUAUCAAUUGUUUGGUGGAAUUUAGCCGUAGGGGCCGUGAUGGCCUCGUUGCCCUGCACCAGCGUUACUUUGCGCCUUCGGAGCGGCCGCUGGUGGAUGCUGUUACCCGUGAGUUUGACGAGGAGUAUGCUAAGCAGCGGGCAAAAGUGACUCUUAAGGUCCUGGCAGAAAGGGAGGCCCGUAGGCAUCAGGGCAAUGGCGGUCUGUUUCAGGCCCCAGGUCGGGGCCAGGGUGGUGGCCUGCGCCGGGGUCGUGGAGGUGGCCGGGGCGGUUUUCCGCCUGCUCGUGCUGUUGCGGCAGCUGGUAGCGCCCAACCCCCGCCCUACUUCAGCGCGGUUAAUACAGUGCACGAUUUGUUAGGGCUGGCUAAGCCGUGUGAUGGGGAUAAUGUGCUGUUGUCGGCGUUCCGUAAGGGCUGGGAGCGGCUGCAGGUCUCACUGGCCCCUACCUCGUCCCUUGUCCUCGCCUUCAGUGCUUCGGACGCCUGGAGGCUAUACGACCGGCUCCCGUCCGUCCCGGUUGCGUCGGAUUUGUUUGUCCCUCUUUUGUUCGUCGUCCUUGGCUUCUGUCUAUUUUUGCGUCCCGACUCCUUGCUGUCUGUCGUCUGGGCGCGGGUUUCGGUUGUUGAUGAGGAGCCUGUGUUUCAGUACAAGCCUUUGCACUGGAAAGGCCGUAUUACAGCCCCUGAGUUGGCCCCGGUGUUGCAGUUCCCGCUGGGGGGCCUCCCGUUUCUCCGGGUUGCCCUCCUGCAGAAGCUGUCCCGGGACCCUGCGCGUUUAUGGCCGGAGCGCCAGACGACUCANGGGGCCGAGCGUUGGUUCGAUCGUGUUUUGGCGCAGUGUGGCCUGGAGGGCCUUCGUUCCGUCCACACCCUUUAUAGUUUGCGGCGGGGUGGUGCCUCGGCCGCCCGUGCGGCGGGAGUGCCACUGGAUAUCAUCGAAGCAUUUGGUGGCUGGGCCGCAGGCUCGUCGGCGUUGCGGGAGAACUACCUCGAUUUGGGGGUCCGUGGCUGCCCUCGUGCGGUCGCCUUCUUUGGCCCUCUCGCGGCCCGGCGUGUCGCGCCGGUGAUGGGUCAGUACUUUAACCGCUGAGAGGGGGUGUCUUUCCUUUUGGCAAUAGACUCGUAGCAGGAGCUAAUGCGGGCUAUGCGAAGCUUGAGCCGGGUUAGCUAAGGCGUAGGGCCUUACGGCCGUUUUAAGUGGUACGACUUGAGGCCGGCGAUCCGUGUCCUCAGGAUCGUCUUUUGCAUAAAUAGCGCGUGUUGCAGGUUUUCUGUAUCUUGUUUUUGUUGUUCAGCACGCGCCCCGCCCUCCCACCCUGGAGGCCGCGUCGCCCGCCCUUUUCGCUCUACUACAUUAUUUCUUUUCCUUUUGGUUCGGUGCGGCCUUUUCAUCGAUCAGGCCGUAAGAGCACAGCCAAUAUCUGUAACAGAAAUGGCAAUGG